AUGCCAGCAAACAUUACUGAUUCUAAUGAAAAAGAAGAUCAUUAUGGUUAUAAAAAUACAAUUUUUUCUCGUCAACUUGACAAUAAAAUAAAAGGAACAACGCAACAUAUAAAAUCACUUGGGAUACAUUAUCGACAAGUUGUAAAAGAUGGUCAAUGUGCAGUUGAAUAUGAUGGUCAAGUAUUUGUUGAAGGUAGUCUGAUAAAAGUCCGAAAGAAACUUUUUCGGAUUGAAGAUUGUUUAUUGGAACGUGUAUAUCAUGCAUGUGGUCCAAAAUUACUUCUAAUGUUAAGUGUAGUUUGUCGACUUGUCGAACAACAUAAAAUACCAGAUGAAAUCUUAAAUUUGAAACGAUCACCAGAUUUAUCAUAUAUUCAUCAUUUAGAUUCAACAGCAUAUGGACCCAAACGUGUUAUUGCAGAGUCAUGUUGUGAAAAUCAUUGUAACGUUUCAGAAUUAACUCGAUAUUGUCAUUAA